AGUAUUCUAAUGAAGGCGCCGCACAAGACAGCCGACUCUAUCGGACCAAACGCACAUGCACUCAUCUCCUCUUAUAAAAGCCUACAUCCGGAUCUCUCUGCCACCUUUCACCUACAUCCUAGUGAUACAUAGAAGCGGAAAUGGGUACUUCAGCGGCGGCCAGUGACAAACCACACGCUGUGUGCAUCCCAUAUCCAGCCCAGGGCCACAUAAACCCCAUGCUCAAACUGGCGAAGCUUCUCCACCACCGAGGCUUCCACAUCACCUUCGUCAACACCCACUACAACCACAAACGCCUCCUCAACUCUAGAGGCCCCAACUCCCUUGAUGGCCUGCCGGACUUCCGAUUCGCCUCCAUCCCAGACGGCCUUCCUCCCUCCGACGCCGACGCCACCCAAGACAUCCCUUCUCUCUGCGACUCCACCUCCAAGACCUGCUUGGCCCCGUUGCGCGCUCUUCUCGCCCAGCUCAACGACGCUUCCUCCGGCUCGCCGCCGGUCACCUGCAUCGUCUCCGACGGGGUCAUGAGCUUCACUUUGGAUGCCGCCGAAGAGCUGGGAGUUCCUGAAGUGCUGUUCUGGACGACCAGCGCUUGCGGUUUACUUUGCUACAUGCAAUACCCUCAUCUCAUCGAACGAGGUCUUACACCCCUUAGAGAUGCAAGCUUUCAAACAAAUGGGUACUUAGACACCAUUAUAGACUGGAUUCCAGGAAUCAAAAGCAUCCGACUUAGGGAUAUUCCAACUUUCGUCAGAACCACAGACGCAAACGACAUCAUGCUCAACUUCCUCAAGCGAGAAGUUCUCAGAAUCUCCCGAGCUUCCGCCCUCGUGUUGAAUACCUUUGACGCUUUCGAAUCGGACGUCAGGGAAGCCAUCUCCGCCAUGGUCCCCCGCCUCUACACCCUUGGUCCCCUCCACCUCCUCGUCAACCGAAUCCAAAACGACGACGCUGCCUUGAAAUCCAUAGGCUCAAAUCUCUGGAAAGAACAGCCCGAGUGCAUCGACUGGCUGGACACCAAAGAUCCCAACUCAGUCGUCUACGUGAACUUUGGCAGCAUCACGGUGAUGACGGCCCACCAACUGACCGAGUUCGCCUGGGGUCUGGCCGCGAGUCAGAAAACUUUCCUGUGGAUAAUACGUCCGGACCUGGUCGCUGGCGAGUCCGCGAUGCUGCCGCCGGAGUUCGUGACAGAGACGAUGGAGAGAGGGAUGCUGGCGAGCUGGUGCCCGCAGGAGGAGGUACUGAAGCACCCGGCGAUCGGAGGGUUCUUGACACACAGCGGGUGGAACUCGACGUUGGAGAGCGUGUGCAGCGGAGUGCCGUUGAUAUGCUGGCCGUUCUUCGCGGAACAGCAGACGAACUGCUUCUACAGCUGCGGGGAGUGGGGGAUUGGAAUGGAGAUAGAUAGUGAUGUGAAGAAGAAAGAGGUGGAGAAGCUGGUGACGGAGUUGAUGGAUGGGGAGAAGGGUAGGGAGAUGAAGAAGAAGGCGAUGGAGUUGAAGGAGAAGGCUGCGGCGGCCGCCGUAUUUGGAGGGUCUUCUUACAGCAACUUGGACAAGUUGAUUCGUGAGGUGCUGUUGACAUCGGAACAAGAUGAGUCAUUGAGAACGAUUUCAGAUUUUGCGUGUAGUCAAUAAAUUUUUACACUAGUUCCUUGUGGAGUCUAUUCGGUGUCAGAGAAAUUUAAUUUGAUGAGCUGUUUUCUUAUGAAUAGAAAUGAUUUUGUUGUGGAGUCAAUAAAUUUUUACCCUAGUUCCUUGUUGGUAA